UUUUUAAUUGUUAUCUCCGUGAUGUCUUCACUGCCUCUGCUUCCGGGUUAUUCUCCAAACAAACACCUCGGCAAAGAGGCUUUUCACAAGUCACAUCACUUUGACACUUCAAAUGGAGUGACUUUACUGGUGGGAGAGAAACCAGGAAUCGGAGGAGAGACGUUACCUGGACAAAACAUGAGACCAAAGUAUUCAGUGUAUCCCAAAGGAGAAGGACGAGAGCAGCCGGCCUGGGUGGCCUUUGAUAAACAGGCUUUGUGUUUUGACGCAUACUUCGAGGAGCUGGUGCCACAGGCCAGAGAAGAGACCUACAGAAUCAGAAAGUGCAAGAUCUUCUUCCACCUGGAGGACGACACCAUCAGAGUCGUGGAGCCGCAGUCGAAGAACAGCGGCAUGCCCCAAGGGACGCUCAUACGACGUCACAGGAUCCCACUUCCGCCGCCAAACGACGAUCAGUUCUACAACGUUUUUCACUUCAACGUGAACCAGGAGGUGGCGCUGUACUCUCGGAGGUUCACGAUCACAAACUGCGACAACUUCACCAGAAAUUUUAUCACCAACCUCGGCGUGCGUCUGAACGAGCCCACGCCCUCGCCCGUGGAUCCAUACAGCCAGCUCAGGGACGACAUGGAGAAAAGCAUGAAUCCGCUGAGACCCUACGAGAGGAUUGACACCCGGAGGCAGUUCUUGGAUAACGACAGUAAAGUGUUGCGUUUCUAUGGUUACUGGGACGACAGCUCGAGUCUGUUCGGCGACGUCAGAGAUUUGGUGCUGCAUUACUUCCUCGUCGACGACACCAUAGAGAUCCGUGAGGUCAUCGCCCCUAACUGCGGCCGGGAUCACGUGUCCAAGUUUCUGAGGCGGAGCAAACUUCCCAAGUUGGCCCCGAGUGGACUCCUGCCUCCUGGAGCCGUCACGCCCCGCGCCGUCCUCAACGUGUUUGACUCCAACCAGGGCAAGCGCUUCAUACUGGACAGUCUGAAGACUGGAGCCGUCAAACAGGAGUUCUACAAAGACUCUGACCUGACCAUAGGCACAGAGCUGAACGUGUGGGGCCGCAGAGUCACCAUCACCGACUGCGACGAGUUCACCAAGAACUACUACCGCAGCAAAUACGGCAUAGAGGACUUCACCCCUGUGCAGUACAAAGCCCCCGCUGCCCCUAAGCCCUCCAGAUACGUGCCCCCCUACAACGGCUUUGGAUCCGAGGAGGACUCACUCAGCUCCUGCCAGGGUCUGGUGCCCAAGCCUCCGCAAAAGGACUUCCACAAAUUCAUGACAAAAGACAGGGACGGCCUCGAGAGUCAUGUGCUCAACUUUGAGGCCAAGAUGGUGACUGAAAACCCAGUGGACAAGGACCGAGUGUUCAUCAUCUCCUUUUACCUCAGAGACGACACCAUCAGCGUGUUUGAGAAGAUACAGAAGAAUUCAGGUGUACUUGGAGGUGCAUUUCUGCAGCGUGGUCGUGUGAAGAAGUCGGGGCAGGACCAGAGCCAGAGGUCGCAGUACUUCACAGCUCAGGACUUUUAUGUUGGAGCUGUUCUUUGUCUCAAUAAACGUAACUUUCAGCUCAUUGAAGCUGAUGAAUACACUCUGAACUACAUGGAGCAGCACGCGGACGAGUUUGCCAGAGCCGACGUGGGCUGUAUCCUGAGCAAACUGCGCUCCAUCUCUGACGACAAACAGAGAGAGAUUCAGACUUUUCUGACUCUCAGUGACCCCAGCGGCUCUGGCUUCAUACAUUAUGAACCCUUCAGGGGGCUCCUGAUGGGUUUGGAGUGUGGUCUGUCGGAGCAUGAGGUGCUGGUUCUCUCUCGCUGCUUCUCAGAGCCCGAGCGCUCGGAGCUGGACGUCGGCCUGAUGUUGGCUGUGGCUCAGCACUUCCUCAGAAAGGAGCAUUUUGAAAACUUCUCUGAACUGACCAAAGCUUUGACCCACCGUGACAGACACAAGACGGGAUAUCUCUCCUUGAAAGAGACCAGGACCAUCUGCAAAUCCUUCAGCCUCCCCCUGCCCGAGACCCUGCUCACACCCCUGCUGCAAAAGUUUGCACAGGGGGAUGACCUGGACUAUCACGCUUUCGUCACUGGUAUUAACUGGGUGGAACAUCCUGCCGCCCCAGUGAUGCCCGAGGACAUUCUGAAGGUAAGCAAAAGACCGUUUUAUUCUGGCAAAAUUUUAAAGACUUCAGACAGUAGAGGAGCUGUGCCAAGAAACAUCAGCUCUGCCCGUGUGCUGCGAGACGUCUUCCCCGGGCCCCUCAACAGCACAGACCCGACAACUGCUGCCUCAUAG